GAAUAUUUCACGUGGCAUGCACGUGCGUCCUCGACUGACGAAUGGAUCAUAAAACAAACAGAUAAACGUUAGCCACCCGCUUUCUCGUCGUCGAAUGACACUGCUCACUUGAGUUUCAGUUGUUUUAUUUAUUUAUUUAUUUUUGUUUUUCCUCCGAAAAAGAAUACUGUGGAUAUGCCUUCUCUUCUGCAUGGUCUUUUACCCAAAAAUGAGCCCAUUUCUUUGCUGGGCAUUUCGGCUUUUCCAUCCCUGCAACCGCCGACGAGAUCAGCUUCUGCUUCUUUGAUGCGUGGUACUGCUGUAUCUCAGAUCUUGUAUAAAAAGAGAACCACUCUAUUUCUGCAAAAUGGUUUGAACAACACAAGGUCAAAGAAACAGAUCUCCAUUGCUCCCAGAUGUAGCCGUUCCUCAAACUCCAAUGAUAGUAAAGAUCAAACCAAGACGCCUUUUGGAUACACAAGGAAGGAUGUUUUAUUGAUUGGUCUUGGAGUCACUCUUGCUGGGGUUGGCUUGAAAAGUGGAUUGGAGUUUGCUGGAGUUGAUCCUCUACAAGCAGGAAACGUAGUUCAGUUGGUAAUGGUUUUGGGCCUUACGGUUGGAUGGAUUUCAACAUACAUCUUUAGAGUCUCAAACAAGGAAAUGACAUAUGCUCAACAAUUACGUGACUAUGAAGUUAAAGUCAUGCAGAAACGCUUGGAAGGAUUGACAGAAGCUGAGCUGGAGGCAUUGCUUGAACAAGUUGAAGAAGAGAAGCAACGCCAAGCAAGUGGAGAGCAGGUUAAUUAAUGCUCUUUAUACUUUAUAUAUAUCCAUUAAAUUUUGACGGGAAUCAAGGUGUGUGGCUCAAUGUAUAUGGUCAUUUUACAAGGAUGUUCUCAAGUUACCCUCAUUUGUUGUAAAUGAAAAUGCAGCUUUUGGCUAAAUGAAAAUGCUUGUGUAUGUGAUUUAUCAAAACCCAGAAUAUUUAUCC